AUGGGAUUUAAUCGUACAAAAUAUGAAGCUAUGCGAAAAAAAAAGAGAGUUGAAGAAAUCAUACACAAGUUUUAUGAAGAUGACAAUAAUAGUCGUUGUGCGGCAGGAAAAAAAGAAUGCAUCACUCGCAAAAAAAUUAAAAAACAAAAAAGAUAUUUGCUGGAUUCCUUGAAGAACUUGCAUCAAAAAUUUCACAAUACGAGUUUGAUGGAAAUUGGGUAUAAUUAUUUUUGCAAAUUGCGUCCAUUUUGGGUUGUUGUGCCUAAGCUUACAGACCGUGAUACCUGUGCUUGUGUUAUUCAUGAAAACAUCAAUUUGAAGUUAGGUGCCUUAAAAAAUGCAAACGUUCUUGACUUUGCCACAUAUCAAACUGCACUGGAAACAAUUUGCUGUUAUCGUUACUCGGAAAAAUGCUUAGCGAGAACUCGCCAGGACUGCUCAUUGAAGAUUUUACCAUAUAAGGAGUUUGAUAAUAGUAAGGACAUGGCAGUCAAACAAUGGAAGCAUAGCAAGGAAUUGAUUAAGGACAUUAAAACUAAACAGGAUAGAUACGUCACAAAGUAUAAGAAAGAGAUAUGCAAUUCAAAACCUCGUGAUUUAGUUAUGCAAUUAGAAGAGAGUGAUCUCAUAAUAAUUAAUGAAAGUCUGAAUGUUGUGUUCAAAUUAUAA